GAGCUGUGACGCGGUCCUGGCGGGCGGGCGCGCGCGGCGUGGCUCCCGGAAAGGAGCCGAACCUCCGGGAAGCUGGUGGCCGGGAUGCGGUGCGCUCGUGGCCGCCCGCCCCCCCGGAGCCGCGGCCCGCCCAGCAGGGCAGCUCUGACUCCAUGAAGACCCCAGCUCUGAAUCUGCCAUUGUGGACGACAAGAGCUGACUCCCACGACAUUGCCUGCUCCUCGGCCUUUCAUUAUGGGGAGGAUCGGCAUUUCCUGCCUCUUCCCUGCUUCUUGGCAUUUUAGCAUCUCUCCAGUGGGCUGCCCUCGGCUUCUGAACUCCAGCUUACGCCAAGUCAUUGUCAUUAGCGUCCUGGCUGCAGCCGUCUCCCUCUUAUACCUUUCUGUCGUCAUACUGCGCAGCAAGUAUGGGUGGCUGUCGAAGGACAAGAAAUUUCAAAGGUACUUGGCCCGAGUCACAGACGUGGAGGCUACAGACACCAACAACCCCAACGUGAACUACGGCAUUGUGGUGGACUGCGGCAGCAGUGGCUCUCGGAUAUUUGUCUAUUGCUGGCCUCGGCACAACGGCAAUCCUCAUGACCUGUUGGACAUCAGACAGAUGAGGGACAAAAACCGGAAGCCGGUGGUGAUGAAAAUUAAACCCGGCAUCUCAGAGUUUGCUACCUCUCCAGAAAAAGUCAGCGAUUACAUUUCUCCACUUCUGAACUUUGCUGCAGAACAUGUGCCACGGGCAAAACACAAAGAGACACCUCUCUACAUUCUCUGCACAGCUGGAAUGAGAGUCCUUCCUGAAAGCCAGCAGAAAGCCAUCCUUGAGGACCUCCUGACUGACAUACCGGUACACUUUGACUUCCUGUUUUCUGACUCCCACGCUGAAGUCAUCUCAGGGAAACAAGAAGGUGUGUAUGCUUGGAUCGGCAUUAAUUUUGUCCUUGGACGGUUUGAGCAUAUUGAAGAGGAUGAUGAGGCGGUUGUGGAAGUCAACAUUCCCGGGAGUGAGAGCAGUGAGGCCAUCGUCCGGAAAAGGACAGCCGGUAUUCUUGACAUGGGAGGCGUGUCCACUCAGAUAGCGUACGAAGUCCCCAAAACUGUAAGCUUUGCCUCCUCACAGCAGGAGGAAGUAGCUAAAAACUUGUUAGCUGAAUUCAAUCUGGGGUGUGAUGUCCACCAGACUGAGCACGUGUACCGAGUCUAUGUGGCCACAUUUCUUGGGUUCGGUGGUAAUGCUGCUCGGCAGAGAUAUGAAGACAGACUGUUUGCCAGCACGGUUCAGAAAAACAGGCUCCUGGGUAAACAGACUGGUCUGACUCCCGAUGCUCCAUUCCUGGACCCUUGCUUGCCUCUGGACAUUAAAGAUGAGAUCCAGCAAAAUGGGCAGACCCUGUACCUUCGGGGGACAGGCGACUUUGACCUGUGUCGAGAGACCCUCCAGCCUUUCAUGAACAAAACCAAUGAAACACAGACUUCCCUCAAUGGAGUCUACCAGCCCCCAAUCCACUUCCAGAACAGUGAAUUCUACGGCUUCUCCGAGUUCUACUACUGCACCGAGGAUGUCUUGCGGAUGGGCGGGGACUACAAUGCUGCUAAGUUCACUAAAGCUGCCAAGGAUUACUGUGCCACGAAGUGGUCCAUCUUGCGGGAGCGCUUUGACCGAGGACUGUAUGCCUCUCAUGCUGACCUCCAUCGGCUGAAGUAUCAGUGUUUCAAAUCAGCCUGGAUGUUUGAGGUGUUCCACAGGGGCUUCUCCUUUCCCGUCACCUACAAAAACCUGAAGACGGCCUUGCAGGUGUACGACAAGGAAGUGCAGUGGACACUGGGGGCGAUCCUUUACAGGACCCGCUUUCUGCCCUUGAGAGACAUCCGGCAGGAGGUGUUCCGGGCCGGCCACGGGCACUGGCGGGGUGUGUCCUUCGUCUACAACCACUAUCUCUUCUCUGGCUGCUUCUUGGUGGUCCUGCUGUCCAUCCUCCUCUACCUGCUUCGGCUGCGGCGCAUCCACCGCAGGGCACCACGGACUGGCCCUCUGUGGAUAGAGGAAGGCCUGCCCUCCCAGAAGGGCCCUGGUCCCUUGUGAGCCAGUGUCAGCUUGAGGACUCUACAGGAAAAGCCAUUUUCGCCUCAGGGUUUCUGUGUGCUCCAACGGUCUUGUGAUCCCUUUCCUUCCUGUUCAAACGGAACCCAUGGUUGUCAGCCCUCUGUCCAGAGGCGUUGCCAUUUGAAUGCAGCUCUGCUGGAGGAGUGGGAGAAGGGAAUGCCCUCCAUUUGGGCUGCACAGUGUCUGCCACACAUCAGUAAGGUUUUCCGUUGUCUUUAGGCUGGGCUGCGUUUUCAGCGCAUGCGCUGGAUGGCGGAGGGCACUGGGCAGGUUUCCAUCAGUGUAGAUGGGACUUCAGAUGGUCCUGGGACAGAAGCAAGGAGUGAGUUAGAUCUUCUCUCACCUCUCUGAAAACCUCCAACCUAGAAGAGAGGUGUCGAUCUCAUUUACUGUUGAGGUCUGUCCCUAUCUGUGUAUCCUUUGCAGACUUGAGAAGUCAGUCAUUCAUAGCAAACAGCGACAGAAUGUUGGCCCGGGGUCAUCCUGAAGAGCUGUGAAUGUAACUGCUGAGGAGAGCCUUGUCUGGCUGCAGCCGAAGCCCAUGCCUGUAAAUUAGCCAGUCUUGUCCCUGGGUUUAGGACACUCUUUUGCCCUCUUACAGAAGAAUUAGGGGUUUUGUUUCUAUGUUCAUUGGUUUUGUUUGUUUGUUUUUUAAGCCAGAUAGUUUUUAAAGGUCCCUGGUUAGUGGUCCGAGAACUGGGGUGUCCGCUGCAGGCGCUCCAGCACUUCUGGGAAGCACAUCUGUGCUGGCCAGCUGCUCUGGUCUCUUCCACUUUCAGUCGGCACCCCACUCUUCAGACGGCCUCAGUGUUUUCCUCCAGGACACCUCACACACUGUUGACAGUUCUCAUUGUCACCCGUGGUUGUAUCGAUGUUGGCAAUGCCAUGGUAAGCCCAUGCCAUGGAAGAGCCUGAAUUGAAAACAAGAAAUAAAGGCACGUUUUGAAAGCAAA